AUGGCGCGCAUACGGAGAAGUCGACGCGAGAAACCCGCCGUACCGGCUGCCGCUGCACACGACAUUGACUUUGGCCAUUUAUGGCGGCGGCUUCGGGCGGCGGGGUGGAAGUCCAAGCGUUCGAGGGGGCUCCAGACAGAGUGGAGCUACUCAAGUCCUAACAACGCGCACGUGUUGAUGGGGGAGAAAUCAGUUGUGGAGUACGCGUUCAAGACUGGCUUGCUGGAAGAGGCAGAUACUGACACACAAGUCCGAGAAGAAGGAGACGGCAGUGAGCAAAGCAUUCAAUCUGUCUCCAGGAGAUCUAGAAGAUGGUGGUGCGCGCGAUGCUGCUGCUGGGCUUCAUUACUUUCGGAGGCUUCUGGAUUGGAGAGCGAGGGUGAUAUGGUCCUCGAUGAGGCCGCUGUGUCUGAGCCUCGGCGACGAACACGAACGCCGUUCCCAAGCAAAGAUGAUGUGAACGUUUUGCUGGAUGGUGAGAAGCCAAGUGACUACGAGAACUACAGCUCGGGUGAUAGCGGCGACGAUGGCAUGAGUGAUGGGGCAGCGAUCCCGGAGCCGAGUGACGCAGUUGAAAUGGACCAGGCUUUCAUUGCAUCGCUACAGUGGACGCCAGUGUCUUCAGAGUACGAAGUGGGCGCUUCUGCGUAUCCUGGACUGGGCACUGAAGAAGCCAGACCUGUGGUCGACCUAUUGAAUGUAUGGAGGUCGCCAAUCCUCAUCUUCUUCUAUUUAAUGCCGAAGUCUAUGUUGGUUUCGAUCGCGGCGGAGACGAAUCGCUAUGGCCUACUGCAAGUUGGCAAGCGCGCCAGCAAGAUUCAGGAGCGGCAGAGUGACCGUCGGCGUGAAACCGUUAUACAGAUUACGCGUCGUUUGAAGGCUAAAUCAGCGUACGCUACCCACGAGAUUCUUCACGUCGUUGGCCUGCUCGUUGCACGAAUGCUCUGCCCUCAGAAGAGGCGCUUCGGCGCGCACUGGUCGAUGGUAGAAGACGGAGCUGUUACCGCCGGUCUUUUCGGGCGGUUCAUGAGACUUGACAGGUGCCACGACAUUAUGCGAGACCUGCACUUCGUAGAUAACACGAUUGACCAUGGCAACGACAAACUCUGGAAACUGCGCCCCGUUGUUGACAAGAUUCAAGAGCGCUUUCUGAUGGGGUGGUCUCUUCCUGCUAUUUUCUCGUUUGAUGAGGAUGUGCUUCCGGCCACGUCGAAGCGGAACACGACCCGGAUGUUCAUGGCCGACAAGCCUCAUCGCUACGGUCCAAACUCUUUAUGGUUUGAAGUUUACGUGGGUAAGCGUGCAUCUGCUGGUGGACCUGACACCUCAGUUGACUAUAAAACUGGAGCUGCAGCCGUGGUACGCAACUUGAAGGUUGUUCUCGCUCAGGCUCGUCACAUGUGGCAUACCGUCGCGAUCGAUCGCUACUACUCGUCCGUGCCCCUUGCGAUCGAGCUCCUGAGUUUGAAGGUGUAUGUUAUUGGCACGAUCAUGACUAACCGGCUCGGAUUUAACAAGGAUAUCAGGGCCACAAGCAAUAUACGCCCAGCGAGCAUACCCCACGGCACAUUCUCGUUCUCUCGCUCUGUCGCGAUCCCAACCAUGAUUUCCUGCGUUUGGUGGGACCGAAAGCCCGUACAUUAUCUCUGUACGGGGUCCGUUAUGGCGGCGUCAUCAGUUGAUCGAAAGAUAAAGCGUAUUGGUGCUGUUCGGGUGCAGUGCCCCUCUGCUGUGAAUGACUACCAGAACUGGAUGAGCGGAGUUGAUGUCCACGAUCAACUCCGGCUCCAGUCAUAUUCCGUGCAAAUGUCGACGAGGUUUACGAAGUAUUAUAAGAGCCUGUUCUUAGGCUUGAUGGACAUGGUCAUGGUAAAUGCGUAUCUUACGCACAAGGAGGGGGCCAAGAUCAAGGGUGCGGUGGCCAUGAAACGCUCAGAGUGGUUUUGCGUUCUCCAAAACCAGCUUCUCCAACUCAAAGCUGAAGAUUUUGCUGGCGUGGAGGCAACGCCGCCUCCAGCGAAUCAGAAAUGUCGGCGCACUCCAGUUCGCCUCACGCACACGCUCCAACAAUCUGAGGACUGGGUCACUGACACUGGGGUCCAGAAGCGCCGGCAGAGAUCGUGCAAGGUCUGCGCUCUUUUGCGCACUGAAAAGAAGAAGUCCUUCGCAACAACGUUCUUCUGCGAACGCUGCUCUGUAGAUAAUGCCAAGUGUUAG